AUGAUGGUCGACAGUGGGGACUUCUUGACCGAAAUUACGCCUUUCCCCGAAGACGCAUUCUGCGUCUAUGGCACGGUUUACGCCCACCCCGAGCACGCCGAUGCUCUGGAGGCAGUCUACGCCGAGACAACACGGCUUGCGCAGCUAGAGCCCGGCUCGAUAUACUACUGCCUCGCCCGAGACGGCGACGACCCAAGCAUCUUUCACUUCUUUGAGAGGUACAAGAGCGGAAAGGCGUUCGAGGCGCACAAUCAGCAGCCGAUCAUCCAGAAGCUGUUGAAGGAGGACAAGUACUUCAAGGGCGUGAAGGCGAUUGAGCCAGCUGGAAGGUGA